AUGCAGGACAGCCAGACGAAGAGCAUGUUCGUGUCCCGGGCCCUGGAGAAGAUCCUGGCCGACAAGGAGGCCAAGCGGCCCCAGCACGCCCAGCUGCGCACGGCCUGCCAGGUGGCGCUGGAUGAAAUUAAAGCGGAAAUAGAGAAGCAAAGGCCUGGCACUGGCGCUGCCACACCACCAAAAGCAAAUUUCAUUGAAGCUGACAAGUAUUUCCUUCCGUUUGAACUAGCUUGUCAGUCGAAGUCUCCACGGGUGGUCAGCACCUCACUAGACUGCUUGCAGAAACUCAUCGCGUAUGGGCACAUUACCGGCAACGCUCCAGACAGCGGUGCUCUGGGGAAACGCCUGAUUGACCGCAUAGUGGAAACGGUUUGCAAUUGCUUUCAGGGCCCUCAGACGGAUGAGGGGGUGCAGUUACAAAUAAUUAAGGCUCUUCUUACCGCUGUGACUUCCCCACAUAUCGAAAUUCAUGAAGGAACAAUACUUCAGACGGUUAGGACGUGUUAUAACAUCUAUCUGGCCAGUAAAAAUCUCAUUAAUCAGACAACUGCCAAGGCUACCCUCACUCAAAUGCUGAAUGUAAUUUUCACCCGGAUGGAGAACCAAGCAAUACAGGAGUCCAGAGACCUAGAAAAAUCAAUCCAACAGAAACCCCAGUCUCCCACGAUCCAAACUGUAGCUGAAUCGCCAAAGAUUAAUCAGCUGAAACCGAACCAGCGACAGAGUAUACCAUCGACCCCGGAAAAAACAGAUUUAACUAAUGGUGGACAUAAGAGUGGCAAUUCUGGCGAAGAGAGAGCCGAAAAUAGGGGGGACCAUAUAGAACGAGCUGCUCUAUCAGCGUCAAUGGAAACUCCUAGAGGAGGAGCCCAAGAUGUGGUGAAGGACAUCUUAGAAGAUGUGGUUACGUCUGCUGUUAAAGAAGCUGCUGGAAAGCGUGGCGUGGCCGAAACAGAACCAUUCCCGGCUGAAUCAGAGACCAAGGACUGUACCACUUGUGGAAUUGAUGAGAAUUCACAGACCAACGGGAUAGCAGAUGACAGGCAGUCUUUGUCAUCUGCUGAUAAUCUGGAAUCGGAUGUCCCUGGACCUCAGGUGGCCGCCAAGUUCUCCCACAUCCUACAGAAAGAUGCUUUCCUCGUGUUCCGGUCCCUCUGCAAGCUCUCAAUGAAACCUCUUGGGGAAGGACCCCCAGAUCCCAAAUCCCAUGAGCUCCGUUCGAAGGUGGUAUCCCUCCAGCUACUUCUGUCGGUCCUGCAGAAUGCUGGCCCCGUCUUCAGGGCCCACGAAAUGUUCAUCAAUGCAAUCAAGCAAUACCUCUGUGUGGCAUUAUCCAAAAACGGAGUUUCUUCAGUGCCUGACGUCUUUGAACUGUCACUUGCCAUUUUCCUCACCCUUCUUUCAAACUUCAAGACCCACUUGAAAAUGCAGAUUGAGGUCUUUUUCAAAGAGAUUUUCCUCAACAUUUUAGAGACAUCAACAAGUUCUUUUGAGCACAAGUGGAUGGUCAUUCAGACUUUAACCAGGAUUUGUGCAGAUGCUCAAUGUGUAGUGGAUAUUUAUGUCAACUACGACUGUGAUUUAAAUGCUGCUAAUAUUUUUGAGCGCCUCGUAAAUGAUUUGUCAAAAAUCGCUCAGGGAAGAAGCGGACAUGAGUUAGGAAUGACACCUCUGCAGGAACUAAGCCUGAGGAAGAAAGGCCUUGAAUGCCUGGUAUCUAUAUUGAAAUGCAUGGUUGAGUGGAGCAAGGAUCUGUAUGUGAACCCCAACCACCAGACCAGCCUUGGUCAGGAAAGGCCUUUAGAUCAAGAACUAGGCGAAGGGAAAGGCCUGGACAUCAGGAGACGGAGCAGCGUGAGCUCCCUGGACUCUACAGUAUCCUCAGGAAUCGGGAGCGUUGGAACCCAGACCUGUGUCCCUGACGAUCCGGAGCAAUUUGAGGUCAUCAAGCAGCAAAAGGAAAUCAUUGAACACGGGAUAGAACUGUUCAACAAAAAGCCAAAAAGAGGGAUCCAGUAUCUCCAAGAGCAAGGCAUGCUCGGCACACCAAUCGAAGACAUUGCACAAUUCUUACAUCAAGAAGAGCGCUUGGAUUCUACUCAAGUAGGUGACUUUCUGGGCGAAAGCAGCAGGCUCAACAAAGAAGUAAUGUAUGCCUACGUGGACCAACUUGACUUCUGCGGGAAAGAUUUUGUCUCGGCUCUACGGAUAUUCCUCGAAGGCUUCCGCCUGCCAGGAGAAGCCCAGAAGAUUGAUAGGUUAAUGGAGAAGUUUGCGGCGAGAUAUAUUGAGUGCAACCAGGGGCAAACUCUGUUCGCCAGUGCUGAUACUGCCUAUGUAUUAGCGUAUUCAAUUAUAAUGCUUACGACAGAUUUACAUAGCCCCCAGGUAAAGAAUAAAAUGACAAAGGAGCAGUACAUUAAGAUGAAUCGGGGCAUCAAUGACAGCAAAGAUUUACCCGAAGAGUACCUCUCCACCAUUUAUGAGGAGAUAGAAGGGAAGAAAAUUGCAAUGAAAGAGACAAAAGAACAUACAAUUGCUACCAAAUCUACUAAGCAAAAUGUAGCCAAUGAGAAGCAGCGGAGGUUAUUGUACAACCUAGAGAUGGAGCAGAUGGCUAAGACCGCGAAAGCGCUCAUGGAAGCCGUAAGCCACGCAAAAGCCCCUUUCACUAGUGCCACUCACUUGGAUCACGUCCGGCCCAUGUUCAAGUUGGUCUGGACUCCAUUGCUGGCCGCCUACAGUAUCGGGUUGCAAAACUGCGAUGACACAGAAGUGGCCUCUCUGUGUUUGGAAGGCAUUCGCUGUGCAAUCCGAAUCGCCUGCAUCUUUGGAAUGCAGCUGGAACGUGAUGCCUAUGUACAGGCUCUUGCUCGUUUCUCCCUGUUGACUGCAAGCUCCAGUAUUACGGAAAUGAAACAGAAGAAUAUCGAUACCAUUAAGACGCUUAUUAUGGUGGCCCAUACAGAUGGCAACUACCUCGGGAAUUCCUGGCACGAGAUCUUGAAAUGCAUUAGCCAGCUGGAACUUGCCCAGCUGAUAGGAACUGGAGUGAAGACGCGCUAUUUGUCUGGGUCGGGGCGAGAGAGAGAAGGCAGCCUGAAAGGCUACACGUCAACAGGGGAUGAGUUCAUGGGCCUCGGGUUAGGUAAUUUAGUUGGCGGUGGAGUGGAUAAAAGGCAAAUGGCAAGCAUCCAGGAAUCUGUGGGAGAGACAAGUUCUCAAAGUGUGGUGGUUGCUGUUGACAGGAUAUUUACAGGAUCCACCAGACUGGAUGGCAACGCAAUAGUUGACUUUGUCCGCUGGCUUUGUGCCGUUUCCAUGGAUGAGUUAGCUUCCCCACAUCAUCCCCGCAUGUUCAGCUUGCAGAAGAUCGUGGAGAUUUCAUACUACAACAUGAAUCGGAUCAGGCUGCAGUGGUCACGGAUAUGGCAUGUGAUCGGUGAUCAUUUUAAUAAGGUUGGCUGUAACCCCAAUGAAGAUGUGGCCAUAUUUGCCGUUGAUUCAUUAAGGCAACUGUCCAUGAAGUUUCUUGAGAAGGGAGAGCUGGCCAAUUUCCGCUUUCAGAAGGACUUUCUGAGGCCUUUUGAGCAUAUUAUGAAGAAAAACAGAUCGCCAACCAUUCGUGAUAUGGUGAUUCGCUGCAUUACUCAGAUGGUCAACUCCCAAGCUGCUAAUAUCCGUUCAGGGUGGAAGAAUAUCUUUGCAGUAUUUCACCAGGCAGCUUCUGAUCAUGAUGGGAACAUUGUUGAGCUGGCUUUCCAAACGACAGGCCAUAUUGUCACAACUAUAUUCCAUCACCAUUUUCCUGCCGCAAUAGAUUCAUUUCAGGAUGCUGUGAAGUGUUUAUCUGAGUUUGCCUGUAAUGCUGCUUUUCCAGACACUAGCAUGGAAGCAAUCAGGUUAAUCCGCUACUGUGCGAAAUAUGUUUCUGAGAGACCGCGGGUGUUGCAAGAAUACACGAGCGAUGACAUGAAUGUCGCUCCUGGAGACAGAGUUUGGGUGCGGGGCUGGUUUCCCAUCUUAUUCGAGCUCUCCUGCAUCAUUAAUAGGUGCAAGUUGGAUGUGCGGACGAGAGGACUCACUGUGAUGUUUGAGAUAAUGAAGAGCUACGGCCACACUUUUGAAAAACACUGGUGGCAAGAUCUGUUCAGAAUCGUGUUCAGGAUUUUCGAUAACAUGAAACUCCCUGAACAGCAAUCAGAGAAAUCUGAAUGGAUGACUACAACUUGCAAUCAUGCACUUUAUGCAAUCUGUGAUGUAUUUACACAGUUUUAUGAAGCUUUAAAUGAAGUUCUUCUUUCUGAUGUAUUUGCACAGUUACACUGGUGUGUAAAACAAGAUAAUGAACAGCUGGCACGGUCUGGCACGAACUGUUUAGAAAACUUGGUAAUAUUAAAUGGGGAAAAAUUCAGUUCCGAUGUCUGGGAUGAGACUUGCAACUGUAUGCUGGAUAUUUUCAAAACUACUAUCCCACAUGUUUUACUGACUUGGAAGCCAGCAGGAAUGGAGGAUGAGCCAUCGGAAAAACAUUUGGACGUGGAUCUGGAUCGCCAGUCGUUAAGCAGUAUAGAUAAAAAUGCUUCUGAAAGAGGGCAAAGCCAACUUUCUAACCCUACUGAUGACAGCUGGAAGGGCAGACCAUAUGCAAACCAGAAACUGUUUGCUGGCCUCCUUAUCAAGUGUGUGGUUCAGCUGGAAUUGAUCCAGACCAUUGACAAUAUCGUGUUCUACCCAGCAACGAGCAAAAAGGAAGAUGCAAAGCAUAUGGCUGCUGCCCAGAAAGAUACAUUGGAUGCCGAUAUCCACAUAGACAGUGAAGCCCAAGGAAUGUACAAGCAUAUGUCUUCAAAGCACCUCUUUAAAUUACUGGAUUGUUUGCAGGAGUCUCAUUCAUUCUCAAAAGCCUUUAACUCAAAUUACGAACAACGAACGGUCCUGUGGAGAGCAGGAUUCAAGGGCAAAUCCAAACCUAAUCUUUUAAAACAAGAGACCAGCAGUCUGGCAUGCUGUUUAAGAAUUCUGUUCCGAAUGUAUGUUGAUGAAAACCGCCGAGAUUCCUGGGAGGAGAUACAGCAGCGACUUUUAAUUGUGUGUAGUGAAGCCCUUGCAUAUUUUAUCACCGUGAAUUCAGAAAGCCACCGGGAAGCCUGGACCAAUCUUCUGUUGCUUCUUCUAACAAAAACUCUAAAAAUAAAUGACGACAAGUUUAAGGCACACGCUUCAACGUAUUACCCCUACCUAUGUGAAAUCAUGCAGUUUGACCUGAUUCCUGAGCUUCGAUCUGUCCUACGGAAAUUCUUCUUGCGAAUAGGGGUUGUGUUUAAAAUAUGGAUUCCGGAAGAGCCACUGCAGACGACGGGAACCCAGUCGCCAGCGUGGUAGCCCCGAGAAAGCAGUUAUUUCUGCUUACUGACAAUAGCUUUGGGCAUCUCGUCCUUUAUUGAACAAAUUCACGAGGGGAGAAAGGUUCAUCGGUGCUUUACCGAACAACGAGGAAGCAGCAUUUUGCAUAUCAAAACAUAGCUAAAUAAGUGUUACUCUGGCCCACAAAGAUCUCUCUGCAACGAUAGCUAACUGUUUUUUGUGAUAUUUUCGUUUAAUCUGUUGCGAACCGAGUUACCUCGGCAGAUCUGGAGUCUCUUUGUUUCACCCCUUUCUAUUUGCUGAGAGUCUCGUCAUAUCUGUUAUCACCGGUUUUGUCAUCUUUUGGCUAAUUCCCAUAUUUGGAUUUAAGUGGUUCCACAGAGGAAAUUCCUAUCCUUGGAAAUACUGAAUAGAGUUGUAUAGAUUUGUGAUGUUAGAAAGUAUAUUAAUAAAAUAUUAUUGUACAGGCUAACGGCCACCUGAAGAUUAGACUGGAAUUUUUGCUUUUGUUCUUUGAAUGCACACAGGUUAGAGCAGUUGGGAUCUUUUUAUUGUGAGUUGGCUAGAGUUAGACCUAUUUGAGGAGAUGAGGAAGGGAGAAACACUGUGCUAUCAGAUAUUACAAAGUAUCAGAUUUUACUGUCAGUAUAAUUGUGUUGAGGACAUUAAAAUGAAUGAAUUAAACUGAUGACUGAAUUAGAGAUACUAAAGUUUUUUUUGCUCCCUCCAAAUUAAGCAGCUUGAGGGAACAAUGUACAGAGUCAUGCAGGUUGCACUCUGAAUUACGUGUUCGUGGGUAAGGAUGAAAUAGAAUUAUCUGCCAAAUCUCUGUAUGUCGUUCAACCUAUCCCCUCUUUAAAUAGAAUAUAUAAAGUAGUAAUAAAGGUGUCUUAAUUAGCCAGGGGUCAUUUAUAUUGGAAUCAUACAUAUCAAGACAUUUUUAUUUUUACUACAGGGUGCUGAUCAUUAAUGUCACAGCUUCACAGUAACCCUUUGUAAGCAACUUUCAGAAGAAAGGGGUCGUUCAGAGGGAGAAUGUUACACCAGAUGUCUACAUUAAAAAAACUUUAAAUUUAAACAGUCAGAAUGUAACUAGUUUAGACCAAGGGUGAUCACAGGAGAUCAUCAGAUUACCAUGUGGACUACCGCGUUAAUACUGAUGGACGUGCUUUAGAAAGCUGCGAUUUUUGUUCACACUAAUAAUUCCUCUGAUAGAGUAACUUUCGGCCGCGGUAUAACCAAAUUUAGUCUUCGUAAUUGGGAUGAAUAUCCUGAGAUGACCUAAAGUCCACAACACUAAAGUCCGAUGAUUCCAUAGUGGGGAAAGUGGUUGACUUGAACUCUCCUGGGAUGAGAGAUAAGGGAAGAUGUUUGGUGCAAUCUGUACCCUUUUGUACAUUGUUCUGAGGAGCACUUGAGGACUCUCAAAAAGGGUGUCUAUUCAAGACAGAUUAAAAACAUUUGGAUUCUAGACCUUUUCUUUAUCCUAUAAAUUAACUUUCUUAGAGUGCUUUGAAAUUUUCAUUUGGGAAAAGCAAAAUUGUAGAAUCAUUCCGCUUGGAUUGUUUUCGUUUGUGUUGUAUUAAAGGAAAGAAGAGUAUAACCGUGGUUUUGCUUUUAAAAAUAUCAUUAGUUCUGGUCUUGUUUUAAGCUUUGAAAUUUUGUUUGGAUCAGCAGUGCUCAAUUUUUAGGGGUUCUUUUUGUUGUUCAAAAUUUAAUUUCUCUACCAAAGAAAUGGCAACAUUUGUGGGGUGGGCUUUUUAAGUUAACUUCGUUAGGAGAAUUUAAAAUUGGAUAGAAGAAGUAUGAGGUUUUAUUUUACCAUAAAAUAUGAAAAAUCUUACAGUGUGUAACUCCUUUGACUUGAAAAUUGUGACUGCAAUGUGAAGCUUGGUAAGAAUGGCAUACUCUGGUGCUGUAGUUUUAACUACAAUAAGUCAAUUACAUUUAAAUAAAAAUGUUAGUAUAAGUACCGUAAAAUGCAUCAAGCAAAUCCUUGCACCUACCUUCAUUACAGUUACUCCAUUUGGAUAUUUUUCCCCUUGUGGGGCAUUGAUUCUACUGAAGAUGCACUAAACUAAUUUAAGACAAUCCCUGUCAAAAAUUUCUUUUUAACUAUUCCCUGUAGUACUAGAAAGUGUGACAGACCUGCAGAUAUAUUUAAAAAUCAUUUUUUCAGUGAAUUUUUUUCAAAUUACAUUUUCUGAACAAUAAUUUAUAUAAAAAAAUUAAUUCUGUUAGUAAUGUCUUAGAACUGAGUGUAAAAUCAUCUGGGUUUUUUUUAUUGUGCUGGAAUAACAAAAUUCAAUUUAGUCUUCAGUAGGAAGCCCUUGAACCACAAUACUGAUUAUUUUUCAUAGGCUAUUUCCUCAAAAGUGAUAGAAAGUUCUGUGCCAUUCUUAAAGUAAUUAAUUUGGUAUGUGAGCAUCUAUGGUAGACAUUUGUUUUGCCAUUUUAGUAAAGCUUUGGAGAAGAGGAAUCUUUUCAAAUGGUCUUAUCUCUCACAAGAGGGGUCGUAAUAAACUUAGGAAUGUCAGCUUUUCAAGUUUCUAGCUGAAAUCUUUGGGACAAAUUCCAUCUCCUUGCGCUGCACGCAGUCUUGGAAGACAAGUUUCAUGCAACGGCGUCCUCUUUAUUCUUACUAAAACCUUUAUUUCUGAUCUCAUUCUUACUAAAACCUUUAUUUCUGAUCUCACGAGUACUGCUGCUAAACCCCUGUUGUUGGAAGUGGUAACCAAAAAAUGUCCCCGGCCCUUUUCACUUGAAAAUCCAUUCCUCCCAGUGCCUAAAUGUCGUGCCUUAAUGGUGUGCGCUAGGUACUUCAUGAAGAGCAUUAGCACUUAGUGCAGAUAGUUUCAACUUUCCUAGAAUCUGAACCGCCGAAGUCCCAAGGUUUUACCUAAAAUGAAUACACACACACCACACCCCGUCUUCCCGUUCUUCUCUCUCACAAUUGUAGCCAAGGCAGCGAAGCAACAGUAACCCAUGUUUCUCCAUCCCCUGCCAGCUCUAUGAAGCUCGUGUUUAAUAAACUGGAAGGCAGCUUUGUGCCGGGAUCCCGGCAAAUUUGGAGGCAACAGCAAGGAGCGAUUUCUCUUCUCUCCUGCUUGAUUUGCUCGUCCAAUUUGCUGGGAUCUUUGGAGUUUUUGCUUUAUCAGGACCCUAGCAAAAAGGAGCUAUACCACCUAGAAUACUAUGAGGUAUUCCUCUAAUUUUAAAAUAAUUUCAUUGGCUAAUAAAUUCAUUGGCAGAAUUGCCUACAUUCUGCUGCUGCUGUGCACUAAAUUCCUUGAUGACCUAAAGUAAUUAAUAUUCCUCCCAAAGUACGCAGUCUCUACCAGGGAGUAAAUGCAGGAAGGGGGCCAGCUGGGCUAACUCAUCAUACAAGCAGAUACAGUUCGAAGCAUGAUUUAAGUCCGAGUAAAUUCUAGAGGAAUUUAAAAGCCUUUGAAGCAAAAAAGUAAGCCAGAUGCUUUCCAAGGAUGAAUAUGGCUAACUAUAUUGGUCCAAAUUUACACUGAAGUGUAGUUUCUUCAAACGCUCUUUAGGAAUUUUUACUUUUUCUCAGCAUCUUUGCAUCCAGUACACUUUGUGUAAAAUGUAUGUUUACUUAAAAGGCUCAAUAUUAAUUGCAAUUUUGAUUUAAUGAUCUACAUAUUAAGUGCAUUUAAUAGUGAUAAUUUAAUGAAAAGCAUUCCUUACCCAAUGGAUGUAAACAUUUUUUGAAAGAAUGAGCAGAAUUAUAUAAUGAGAUGUUAUGUAAAGUUUUAUAUGUAAAAAAUAUAAUGUAUAAUACUGUUAAAAUAUUCCAUGCUUCAAUCGGGUGUUAAAUCAAUAAAGUUUUAAAAG